AUGUCGAUAGCAAACGAACCCCUUCAUAGGCUCUUUUCAUCUAGAUCGUCUUCUUACUCUUCCUGCUCUAUUGGCGGAGGGGAGGACCGUGUUGCCGGCGAAGAAGAAGAUGGGGAUCCUGACGACGACGAGGAUGAAGAAGUUGUCGUUGAUAGCUCCAAGGAGGGCACAAGGCCAAGGCCUUCUAGUUUGCCUGAGAGAUGGGACGUGUUAGGUCUCGGCCAAGCCAUGGUAGAUUUUUCUGGCGUGGUUGAUGGCGAAUUUUUGGAUAGACUGGGUAUAGAGAAGGGUACAAGGAAGGUUGUGAAUCAUGAGGAGAGGGGUAGAAUUUUGCGGGCAAUGGAUGGGUGCAGCUACAAGGCUGCUGCUGGUGGAUCUCUUUCUAAUAGUCUUGUGGCCUUGGCCAGACUUGGUGGUCAGCCCAUUGGAGGGCCUGCCUUGAAUGUGGCUAUGGUUGGCAGCAUUGGUAGUGAUCCACUUGGUGAGUUCUACAGAGCAAAAUUGCGUCGGGCAAAUGUGAAUUUUCUCUCUGCACCAGUCAAAGAUGGGACAACAGGAACAGUUAUAGUGCUGACAACUCCAGAUGCUCAGCGUACGAUGCUUGCGUAUCAGGGCACAUCUUCGAUGGUUGACUAUGAUCCUUGCCUGGCUAGCUGUAUUGGUAAAACAAGAAUACUUGUAGUUGAAGGUUAUUUACUUGAGCUUCCUGAUACAAUCAAAACAAUUAAAAAAGCAUGUGAAGAUGCCCGCAGGAGUGGUGCUCUGGUUGCUGUCACAGCGUCGGAUGUCUCCUGCAUUGAGAGACAUUAUGAUGAUUUCUGGGAAAUUAUGGGGAAUUAUGCCGACAUUGUCUUUGCAAACAGCAAUGAAGCCAGAGCUUUCUGUCAUUUCUCCUCAAAGGAAAGCCCCAUUUCUGCUACAAGGUACCUAAGCCAUUUUGUUCCUGUAGUCUCAGUUACGGAUGGGCCAAGAGGCUCUUACAUUGGUGUGAAAGGGGAACCUGUUUAUAUUCCUCCUUCGUUGUGUGUUCCUGUGGACACUUGUGGGGCAGGUGAUGCAUAUGCGUCAGGCAUCUUAUAUGGUAUUUUAAGGGGUGUGUCAGAUUUGAAAGGCAUGGGUACAUUAGCAGCUAGGGUUGCAGCUGUAGUUGUUGGGCAACAGGGAACCCGGCUAAGGGUCCAAGACGCUGUUGGGUUGGCAGAGUCAUUUACAUUCCAUCAUGAAAGCUCAUCCGCUCAUUCUGACAUGGGUUCUGAUCAGAUCUCUAGCUUGUAA